GUAAACCGCUAGUUUUGCUUUCUUUCUGUAUUCGCAUAUGCUAUUACCACAUCUAACAAAGCCAUCUUGAACGCUAAUCCAGCAUUUCCAUCGAGGCGUCAAACAACUCAACCAAACCAUGCCCUCCGAAACCCUCUCUAAUCCCGACCUCGCCGAAGAAAUCGAUGCCAUCAACGCAAUCUAUGGCUCCUCUACCGUUGUGCUACCUCCUACAUCUAGUUCGACCGAGCCCACUGCUACAACAAUAAUACUCAAUGUACCCGAGCACACCCAGAUAUCAUUCAUAGUUCGCUUUGACGAGAAGUAUCCCGAGACCGCCCCACGAGUUACCGGGACUGCAUCUACGGGUCUACGCGGCGAGGGAAAGAAGUGGGUGGAUAUACUGUCGGAAGCAGUGUUGCGGGUGUGGACGCCGGGCUCUGUGUGCCUGUAUGACCUGAUCGUCGAAGCCGGAGAAAGGUUCGAUGAAGUGAGAGCUUCGGAACAAGAAGCGAAAGAUAUUGAGAAUGGUAGGAAGCAAGAAGAGCAGGAAGAUAAUUAUCCUCAGCAGCUGGGUGAUUUAGAUAUUCACGGACCUUCGAGCGGUCAAGCUCUUCUGGCGUCCAUCGGUCUUAAAGUUGCUCCGUCGUGGAUCAUGUCCGAUCCGAUUACAGAAAAGAAAUCCGUCUUUCUCGCUCGGGCGGCGCAUGUAAAGUCAAAAGAAGAGGCAGAGAAAUAUCUGGACUACCUUCUCGCGACGGAAAAGAAGGUCGCUGCUGCCACGCAUAACAUUACCGCGUGGCGCAUCAAACAAAAAAAAGCCGAUGGUUCUGACACCGUCGUUCAGGAUUUCGAUGAUGAUGGAGAGACUGCGGCAGGAGGCAGAAUGCUACAUCUUAUGCAGUUGAUGGAUGUCUGGGACGUGGUUGUGGUGGUUACGAGGUGGUAUGGCGGAGUGAAGCUGGGCCCAGACAGGUUCCGCAUUAUCAAUGCCGCUGCGAGAGACGCGUUGGUGAAGGGUGGAUUUGAGAAAUCGGCGGCCACGAAUGGACAAGAAAAGGGGAAAAAGAAAGGGAAGAGAUGAGGUUUCAUGUGGGCGGACUUUGUCUCUUCCCAGACAGCCCAGAUUGAAAGCAAGGAAAACUUCUUGAAGCUUCAUGAUGUGUGAUAUCGAAGUUUUUACGGAGUAACGAAGAGGAAUACGAUGUUUGGAGUCAUCCGGCCUUGAACUCUGAGAGCAUUAACUAUACCAAUGAACGUGCACGGUUUCCGAUGGAAUUGUUCUCCGCUGUGGAUAGAUCGAACCGGAACUCUUGACGAUCGUCAGCUUCGGAUUACAGCAGUCGCAGCUGAGAAUGAUCGAUUAUCCUCAGUGGGCCACCCCAAAAAAAAAUUUUAGUCCAAUUACGGAGUAUGCGGGCGUUGUUUCCGAAGUUUUAAUUCAGUUGGUCGAACUGCGAUGCUCCGCCGAUAGAUGGGGAUUCAGCGGUGCGAUCCAACGGCACAAAUUCCAACACUCAGAGCCGGACUCAAUCUCCACAUGGACCAUGCUGAUGGCUUUGACUGGAUUCUGGACGACGAAUAGCCAUCUUGUUACAGCGCUGGGAAUAUUUCUAUUGAUAUUUGUUGCUUGCAACGUCGGCCGUGCCGUUGGACGCGAGAUUCACUCCAAAGCCCGAUUCUUAUAGCUAUUGGACAUCUGUGUGAUUCAUGGACCACAAAAAACUUUACUUUGAAACCACAGAGUCUGCACUCGCCAGUUGAAUAGGAGAAAUAAAAACAAGGAGUUCCCAAAGGCCCCCCCCCGGACAUCAAGGGAGAAGAUCCGCAUCCACCAGCCCUCAGGUGCUCCGUAGCCGAAUCUAUUUUCAAUUGAACAGCUCGGGAGGGAUGUGGAGAGUUUUAUUUUGCUUUUAAAUGAGCAGUAUUGGUUGUGGUGAUUUCUUUUCUGUCUGAGCAUGGCGUCGUGACGGCGGGACAUUUCCCGUCCAGUAGCUUCGAUAUUGAGGCUUGUGCAUCAGGCACGGUUCAUCCGUUCACAAGCUUUUGGAACCCCUGUCUGAAAUUUGGAGAUGGAAAGCACCCAUGCAAGCGCAAACCCUUGACAAAUGGUGACCAGAGCCUGUCCACCCACCUUUACUCCAAAAGAUGAAGGCAAACCUCUCAUAGUGUUCUUCAAUUGGAUGGAUGAGAAGAUCGACUCAAGGGGUUGCAAACGUCUGAGAAAAUGUUUCAUCACCAGCAGUCAACUCCCACUCGGAUCAUGCCAAAUGAGAGUAACUUUUUCAUUUCAUAA